ACGGACUAUAUAUACAUAUCGCAGCUACAGAGUACAUUUCUCAACUUUACUCACCCGUCCACAGGCGAUCCCCAUCUUUAGAAUCCUUUGACAUGGCUGCUGAAACUGUAACGUCGCCUACUCUCUCGCCGUCGUCAUUACAUGGAAGUAUGUAUAGUGCGACGACAGUCCCACCAGAGGUCACGACAGUGACCAAGACUUUGCAAGAGAUGAAAGGCUCUUUGGGUAAUCUUGGGGCGAUGCUCGACGCGGUCGGCCAGAAUACCGCGCACAUGGUCCAGAUCGGUGGAGAGAUAGAAACCGCUCGGCACCUCAAUAAGGUGAGACAAGAUUUGGCGGAACAGGAUCGCAGGCAGGAGGCGCAGAUAGAGGAAAUCAAAGCCGUUCUGCAGAAAGCUUUAGAAUACGACGUAAUUGAACAUUUGAGACAGCUCAUCGAUGCUGGAAUCAUGGAGCAAAUCGACGAGCUCGUAAAAGAGCAGGUCGCGGCACAGCUGCCUAGCUACUUCCCGCAGGAACUUCAAGAUGAACUAGAUCGACAUAUGUUCGAAUUGGAUCAAGUCCAACGAGCGCUGCAUAAUUCCGAGUCUCGAAGAGCGAAUUCACAAUUGCGUUCGAAUCACCUCAAAGACCCGUUGCACACGAUAUACAAGUCGGACGGGACAAUCAGUCCGCACUUCCCUAGAGACGUGCAUAGUCUGUUCUCCAUGGAUGCGGAUACGGCGAAAUCAUUGAUGGAAGAAUACGGACUAACAGACAUAUCUGAGUCGCGAGAGAGGAAUGUGAAUCGGUUCAUGCAGUUCUGUGGCGUGACCUAUCAGUUGGUCACGACCAAAGGCGGCGGUCAUGUAGUCCUGAAGACGAAGGCAGCAGCAUUUGACUGAUUGUAAUGUAGCGAGUCCGACCAUGAGUUGAUGGAAUAGCAUGUAGCAUCCCGGGGGUGUGGCUUGGAUAUGUAAAGCAUUACGUCUCAAGGACGACGUUUAAGCUCAGGGCUGCAGAUUCGAGACUAUCAGUUGCAAGUCGUUGUGUAAACGGAGAGAAGCGCCUUCUUGCUUCGAAACCAUUGUCUUGACAGUAGGAUCUGAAGCAGAGGCAGACAGUGGCA